AUGCCCCAAUCAAAGGCUGCCCUGUUUCGACUGGACAAUCACUGUCACAUUAACAAUAAUAACUUCAAAUUUCACAAGCAUCCCAACGCCACAACUGACGGUUUUAAUGAUAAACAACAACCACGCCAACCACUUGGUCAUGCAUUUGAUCUCAGUUCAUUAGGUGCUGAUUUACCUCCAAAUACUGGUCCACCGGGUACUGUGCCUGUCACAAAUGGAUCGUCGUCAAAUGCUAAUAAAAAUUUGAGUCAUGUUCCCUGCAAAUUCUUUAAGCAGGGAAAUUGUCAAGCUGGUGAUUCAUGUCCGUUUUCUCAUAAUAUUGAAGGAGCUUUGGCUGCUGAUAAAUUGCCUUGUAAGUACUUUUUACGAGGUAAUUGCAAAUUUGGUUUGAAAUGUGCUUUGGCUCACUAUUUACCUGAUGGAACUAGAGUCAACGGUAGGAACAUUAUGGACCAUAAUUGGAAUAAUGGGGGUGACGGUUACCCUAAACACAACUACGGGGCCAAGCAACAAAAGUUCAAUAACGGUCAUGGCUCGCACUACCCUACAAACCAAGGCCAUGGAAAAACCUCACCUGAGUAUGACUACAGAAGACUUGGAGGGUUGGAAGGUGACACCGUAACCAGAGAACGUUAUAGCAGUGUUUCUCCACCAGAUACAAAUUUAGCUGAAAUUAAUGCAUUUCAAAACCCUGGAUACUAUAAUAGCUACAAAGGAAAGCAGCAGGGGCAUCCACACCAACCUGUGUUUUCUUAUUUCGGUCAACAGCAACAGCAGACUUAUACCCAGCCACGCAACAUUUCUCAAAAAGAGGCUCCAAUUUCCUUCGACUCUCUAACAGAUGACAGUCUUUCGAGAUUUUGCAACCAACCGCAACAGGGGAUCCCAACAACUUCUCAAAAUGAGCCUCUCUCUUGGUCACCAGUUGAGCAAUACGCAAAACCAGUUGAUUAUCAUGCACAAUGGGGUGUCCAACAUAGAAGAGUGGGCUCUCACAAUCAUCCGCACAGCUUAGGAUCCGAUACAUUUUCAAACGUUUUUACGGAAGCAAAUGCGUUCAACGUACCAGCGCCUCAGCUGCAAAGUGGUGUACGCCGGUCUUAUUCAACUGGUGGACAAUUUCCCACGGUAAAGACAACUAUCUCACCUCCUAAGAUAUCAACAACUUCUGGCAUCAAUAUCCAAUCUUCAACGCCUUCAGCAACCACACCAACGUCCCGGUUUUCGCUAAACUCUGCUGAAUCAACUGCGAUAUCGCAAACCAAUGAUUGUAACUUGCCAGUAAAACCAAAUAUCUCGCAAUACCUGUACCAGCACAUGUCCCUCACUUCGCCAGUUUUUGAUGAUGAAGAAGAUGAGGGAGUUGAAGAUGAACAGUUGGCAACGAGUGACGAGCACAAUUACAGUCGGAAUCACAAUGGCAGCCUCGAUAUCGGCCAUCGCCAACACCAACUUUUCACCGAUGAUGUGUUUGAGGGAGAUUUUUUACCUGGUUUAUUAGCUGAUGUGAUCUUGACCCCACAAGAAUUGAAACGACGUGAUUCAAGAUCACAAAGCGGUACAUUAAACAGUCGGCCAAGCUUGCGUGGUUUGCUUGAAGGAAUUGAGUGUAGCGAAAUCAAUGAACGUAGCGAUUUCGAUGGAAAGCCAAGAGGAACGCCUCAUGAAGAUGUUUUCCUUAUGGAGUGA